AAAUUUGCAAUACAGUCAACCCACAAUAUUUGAGGCGAGGGACAACUGUAUCUCUAGUAUGCAAGUUAAGAUGGAUAAAUAUAUACUUUUUUCUGUACUUGUGGAUCCCCUGAUUUAAUUUAAGUGAAAAUGCCAGCAGGUGUGGCAUCUAUGGGCUGCACACACACACACACACACACACACACACACACACACACACACACACACACACACACACACACACACACACACAAACUCUCAUAUGACUCAUCUCGUCCAAACUAAAGCACUUUGUCAGAGAAAAGGGGGGGUGGGAAUCGCGCAGACUCAAUGUGUCUGGACUUGUCGUGAGGAGAAGAAGGGAGGACAGCAUCUUCGCCAACUACAUCUGGCAACCCACAUCGCUGCUCUGGACCUCCUCUAAGCACUGAGGAUUCUUGUUCGCAUCCUGACAUGAAGCUCAAUUUCUUUGGUACCAUUGUGAUUCUGCUCGUUGCCUUCCUGCCGCGCUACGAAUGUCGGGCUGUUGAGAGCCCCGGCGGAGUUCUGCGCAUCCCCGCUGCCCAAAGCCCAAACUCCCAGCAGCAGCAGCAGCAGCAGCAGCGGUCGCCCUCAGGUCCCAUCCUGGAGCGUCUGGGCGAGGAGUACUUCCUCCGGCUGGGCAGCGGGGACUCAAACUCUCUCCCCCCCUCGUCCAUGUACCCCCUGGGCGCAAGUGGCCUCCUCAACAGGGCGCUGCAGCUCCAGCUGACUCGGCGGCUUUUGCAAGGCAGAGUUGGCAACAUACGCGCGCUCGUCGGCGGCUUGGCGGACCGCAAGGAUGACGCUUCGUACGACUCGGGGGAGCGGGGACGCAGGUCCGAAGACCCACCCAUCUCCCUGGACCUCACCUUCCACCUGCUGCGGGAGAUGAUGGAGAUGUCCAAGGCGGAGCAGAUCGCGCAGCAAGCUCAAAACAACAGAAGAAUGAUGGAGCUCUUCGGGAAGUGAGGACCAAAGACCCUUCCCCUCUAAAACCCUUUUAUUUAUUUAUUAUACAUUAUAAGAUUAUCUUUUGCAUUUGUAAAAUCAGCACAAAAACAAGCUCUGUACAAUAUCGUGCUGCUUUAUCACUCUAUUAUUUAUAGCUUUGACCUCAAACAUGAACAUGGAAUGACUUAAAAAUGAUAAUG